AUGACGAGGCUCUCUUGCCUCACCGUGUACUUGGCACUGACUCUACUAGCAGGAAAUGCCUCUUGCCAGGUCAUGUCAGAUACAAUGUCUAUCAACUUGUAUCUUCAAAACAUGACACUCAGUGACCGCAGUGCUCUUGCCGACAAUAAGUCUCAGAACUAUAUGGACAUGGUUGCCAAGGUUAACGAAUACCUCUCUCCCAUUGGUGGUGAGAAAGAAAGCAUCACUGUCUCUAAUGAAGGAAACUGUGUAAAGAUCAUCAUUGCCUGGAAAAACGGUAACCAAACCACUCUUGCAAUGGUUGCUGAAAAGUUACAGAAAGAUGGCUUCAUUUUUGGGAACCAGACUUUGGGAGUCUCCUUCUUUGGCUGUGCAGCUGAACGCACGCUGGUCAGGGUCACUUUUUUUGUGGACUUAGCUUGGUCUGAGAAUUUCAGAAACCAUAACUCAACUGAAUACCAGACAGUGCUGCAAAUUGUCAACAAUGUCUUCAUGGCUUUGGGAGGCAGUUUUCAAGCUUUGGAAAUUGCUCAGAA